UACGUAGUUGCUCAACUGGGCCUUAAUAAUGUUUAUUAUUACGCAUUUGACUAUAUGCUGGAAACUAUGUUUUUAGAGCCUCUCUUACUAUUUAUGUUAUAUUAUUAUCUUUUAAAAAUAGAUGCGGAUAGAAGAAAUCUUCUAAACAUAAGUAGUCAAAAUGGAGAUGUAUCUGCAUCAUUUAACACAUGUACAAACAUACAAUCAGCAGAAAACUGUAAAGAAUUCUCAGAGACUAUACACGGAGAUGGUAAUUUCGAUUUAAGAAAUAUAAACAACAAACUGGUACUUAAAUCUAUUAGAAUUAAACUACAUGACAGAGAUGUCAGAAUAUUAACUUAUAUUCAAAACACUUUACAUAUGGUUAGUACAAAAGAAGAAAUGUUAUUUUUAAUUAAGAAAUUAAAUGGAUUAGUUAGACUUAAAGUAGAUAGUUUUAAAAAAUCCUGCGAAUAUCUAAAUGUAGAGUAUGUAGAAGCUAAUUAUAAUAUUAGCGAAAAUGACCCUUAUUUAGCGGGAUUAGUUGACACAGAUGGUACUAUUGUUUAUAAUUAUGCUGGCAAUAGAAUAGAGUGUAACUUAGAAUUUGAAAAUAACAAAUAUACUAGCAAACUUAAUUUAGAUAAUGUUAUACCCCAUUAUAAACCAUCUGUUGCUUUUAGAGAAUCACAUAAGUCUAUAACAUUUAAAUUUCAAUCAGUUAAAGGUAUGGUUUUUCUAUAUGAUUAUUUUAUGCAAAAUAGGUUAUAUUCUGACUUUAAAUUUUAUAGAGUUUCAAAGAUAAAACGAUUUAUAGAAGUUAGAGAUUAUAAGAAUGAAGCUAAAAACAGUACAGAAUUUAAAAUAUAUUCAGAUUUUAUACUGGAUUGA